AUGGAGACCCGUGAUUGUUGCGCUCCUUCUAUACCCUCUCGCGACGCUGUCACGUCACUCAGUUCCGAGCUCGACUUCACCGCAACGGCAAUCGCACCAAGCUACAAAGUACUUGUGGACGGUCCGACGCCGUCCGUGUACCCUCCGGUGAUCCAUCAGCCGCGGCGGGAUGUCAUUGACAACAUGGAGUAUGCAACCAGAGACGGCGUGAGUGAUGGCCAGUUCGCUGCAGUCUUGUACACGAAAGUGGGCGCGAUAAGGCCUUUCAGUGCUUCCUCGGACUCUGACCGCUGCAGCACACUGUCGAGCCGGUGUUGCACCUACAUUGAAGUCUCUGGCUUCUGCCACGUCAAGAUGGCGUCAGCGGAGGCGUCCGCAGGAGAGCCCCCGGAGAAGAAGCACCGCGCGGACGUCCAAGCCCCGGGGGAGCGUCCGGAAGCCCCAUCUCUGGAGCUCGCGCGGAGGAAGGGGUUCGGCGGGAAGGGCAGUGGCAUCAGGCUGCUAGCUAACUUGUACAAAGUCCACCUGUCAAACAUAUCACUGGUAGAAUAUGAGGUGACGAUUGUCCCUAAGGACGAGACUGCCAAAGCGGAGCGCGACCUCCCCAGAGCCCUGAACCGCGCGAUCUUCGACAAGUGGCGCGAGCUAUACGCGCAAGACUUGCCGGGCCUACAGAUGUGCACAUACGACGGCGGAAAGGCGGCAUACGCCGUUGGCGGCCAGGGCGCAGACGUGAGCGCGCGGGACGCGCGCACGUGGCUGGUCGACCUGCCUAGGGAGAGCGGAAAGGCGCGCGCGUUCGACGUGACGCUCGCGCAGAAAACGGAGCUCAAGAUCGAGGAACUGAUGGCAGCGCUUCAAAACAGAACGGGGCGCGCGGCUGACUUCCCGCAGCAUACUAUCCAGGGCCUGGACGUGGUCAUGCAGGAAAGCCUCGCUCACUCGCGAUCGGUGAUCGGCCGCUCGUUCUUCAACCUGGCUUGCCCACCCCAGGCGCGGCGCUCUUUGGGCGAGGGCCUGGUGAUGUACCCCGGGCACUACCAGAGCCUCCGGGCAAUCCAAGCGGACGGCGGACGGCUGGCGCUGAACCUAGAUGUUGCCCAUGCCGCUUUCCUGGAGGAAGGGCCCCUCAUCGAGUACGUCUCCAAGGUGGUGGGUAGAAAGCUGAAUCCUGGGGAUCAGGAGAGGCUCACCCCGACAGAGUUUGACAGGGCGAACAAGGCAUUGAAGCGAGUGAAAGUCACGACAGACCACAUGAGGGCAAAGAGGGGGUACUUGGUGCUGCGCUUGGGGGAGGAGUCAGCGGAGGAUUUCAGGAGAGUUAGGAAUACCUCCUUUGCGAUCAAGCCACGUGGCGAGCCGUCGGAGACCGACGCGGCCCCAGUCACCAAGAGCGUGGCGCAGUAUUUUCAGGAGACGUACAAUGUGACGCUGCAAUAUCCGCGGUUACAGUGCGCGGUGGUUAGGAAUAACGGCAGGCUGCCCUUGGAGGUGUGCCACGUGGUGCCCGGGCAGCUGUGCACGCGACUGAAUGAGAGGCAAACCGGGGGGAUGAUCAGGCAGGCGAACAGGAAGCCGUCGGAAAGGGUCAACGACACUGACAAGCUCAAGUAUGAAAACCUGACCGUGACGUCGAAGGACGGCGCUUGGAACUUGCGAAAUACGCGCUUCUUAAAGGGCGCUUCUGUCACCUCGUGGGCGCUGAUCAACCUGUCCAAAGAAGUGUCGCAACAGGAGGCGCGGAGGUUCGUGGGCGAUUUGAUCGGGGGCUGCAAGGCUGUCGGCGUGAUGCUAGACGACCCCGUCUCCGUGGACCGCGGAAACCCGAAUGACGUCAGCGGGACGCUGGGACCGUGGCUCGCGCGGAUGGGGCGCGCGCCUCUGCAAAUGGUGGUCGUCAUUCUGGACCCGGGAGUCAAACCCGUGUACGGCGAGCUGAAGACGUACUGCGAGGUCGCGCGCGGCCUCAUCUCGCAGUGCUGCUGCUCGCAGAAGGUGCGCGAGCGGGACCAGAGGAAGAAGCUCCAGUACAUCGCCAACCUGGCGCUCAAAAUCAACGUCAAGACCGGCGGCCAGAACGCGGCCUUCCUUCGCCCGCAUCCGCGGCUCAAGGAGAAGCGGACUCUGAUCGCCGGAGCUGACGUGUCCCAUCCGGGAGCCAGGGACGACGUGCCUUCCGUAGCUGCGGUGGUGGGCAGUUUGGACGGCCCGACGCCGUCCGUGUACCGUCCGGUGAUCAGCAUCCAGGAGCCGCGCCGGGAAAUCAUCGACAACAUGGAGAGCGCAACCAAAGACCUGCUUGAUAGCUUCUACAAGAGCAUCAAAGCGCCACCCGACCGCGUCCUCAUGUUCAGGGACGGGGUUAGCGAGGGGCAAUUUGGCGCAGUCCUGAACACGGAAGUGGAAGCUAUGAAGCGGGCCAUCCGCACGUUCGGCGCCGAGCACCAGCACCCUGAGUACGACCCCCGGAUGGCCUUCAUCAUCAUUCAGAAAAAACACCAUAUGCGCAUCUUCAGCCUGGACGCGGCCGGCCGCCCCAACAACCCCGAGCCAGGCACCGUGGUGGACCGGGACAUCUGCUCCCCCUAUAUGAACGACUUCUUCCUCAACUCGCACAAGGGACUCCUGGCAAGUAACGGCUCACGGACUGGGACCAACCGCCCGGCGCACUACUUCGUGCUGUAUGACGAGAUUGGGUAUUCGGCUGACGACAUCCAGGAGAUGGCGAACGACCUGUGCUACGUCUACGCAAAAUGCACCCGGUCGAUAUCUGUCGUCCCCCCGGCGUACUACGCUGACAAGGUGGCUACGCGCGGCCGCAUGUACAUCGAAGCCGCGGCCGGCUCCGAGAGUGGCUCGUCGGGCGGCCGCGACACGUGGCGGGACGUCAAGCUGCCGGAAGUGCAGGACGUCAUCAGGAACCGCAUGUUCUAUUGCUAG